AUGAGAGAAUUAAGCAUUGAAAAAUUAGUUUUAAAUAUUUGUGUAGGAGAAUCAGGUGAUCGUUUGACUAGAGCUGCUAAAGUACUUGAACAACUUACAGGUCAAACUCCUGUAUAUUCAAAAGCUCGUUAUACUGUACGUUCUUUUGGUAUUAGACGUAAUGAAAAAAUUGCUGUACAUGUUACUGUACGUGGUCCAAAAGCUGAAGAAAUUUUAGAACGUGGUUUAAAAGUUAAAGAAUAUGAAUUAAAAAGAAGUAAUUUUUCUGAAACUGGAAAUUUUGGUUUUGGUAUUCAAGAACAUAUUGAUUUGGGUAUAAAAUAUGAUCCUUCUAUUGGUAUUUAUGGUAUGGAUUUUUAUGUGGUAUUGGGUAGACCUGGUGCUAGAGUAUCUAGAAGAAGAAAAUCUCAAAAGAAGAUUGGUUUUAAUCAUCGUGUUACCAAAGAUGAAACCAUUAAAUGGUUUAAACAAAGGUUCGAUGGUAUUGUUCUUAAUCGUUAA